UUAGUUGCGGUCACCCCAAGCGCAUCAUAAUUUUUAGGGCGGUGUUCGCGUUUUGUUUUCGUUAAUUAUUCCUUGCAAACCAGCAUACAAAAUUAUUAAUUAUAAAUCUAAUCUAAAAUGCAAGCAAUAGAGAAAUGUGUGCUGGCCGCCUUAUUGCUGGGCUGUGUGCUGCAAACAGCUUAUGCCAUCAAAUGCUGGGAUUGUCGCUCGGAUAACGAUCCGAAGUGCGGAGAUCCCUUCGACAACAGCACAUUGGCCAUCACCGAUUGCCAUCAGGCACCUGAACUGGAGCAUUUGAAGGGCGUGCGUCCAACCAUGUGUCGCAAGAUCCGUCAGAAGGUGCACGGGGAAUGGCGUUACUUCCGUAGUUGCGCCUAUAUGGGAGAGCCAGGAAUUGAGGGGGAUGAACGCUUCUGUUUGAUGCGCACGGGCAGCUACAACAUCUUCAUGGAGUAUUGCACCUGCAACAGCAAAGAUGGCUGCAAUGGAGCAGCGCUGCAAAAAAGCAGCUUCCUCAGCGUUUGUCUGGGCACCCUGGUUGUUGGACUAGUCGCUCAUUUCCUUCGAAAAUAGCCCCAAGUGGAUUAGUUCCAUAUGCUAUGUGUGUAAUAUGUGUGCCUUCGAAUAGUAAACUUAAAAACUAUGUAACUAAUGUCCGUCCAGACUUCAUAAUCUUUCGAUGAAAACAUAUCUCGAUUCUAUUAGUUCACAUUCCAUACGAUUUAAGCUCAAUAUGUAUUGUCCAUCUUUAUAUUUGCUGUCUGCAUUUUUUGCGUGCAGCUUUUUUACACAUAAUUUUACUUUAAGCAACGAACACAUUUACAAAAUUUUUAUUUGUAACGCAAUAUUUGUUGCGAAAACCGAAAUAAAUGAGAAAGUAAUUGAAACCAAUUUCCACUGUGUAUUUAAUUAACAAUUUUGUUAAUUGUUUGAAACCACUUUCAAUCGUUUACAUUGUUCUAUCGAUUUGCAAACUAAAUAAUCGAAAUAAUUACUUCAAUUUUGUUAUUCCUCAUUAACCUAUCGACUUUGAAUUUUCUAUUCACUUUAAUGGCUUUCGUCAAGUUGAGGCAAUUGAUCGGAAAGUUAUCGUUCUGCUGCAUUUUUGUCAUCCUUUCCUUCUCUACCUUCGUUCGUGCGAGUGUCGCGUCGCUUCGGUGUCUUGAUUUUAUUUGUGUGUUUAAACGGUUUUAAUUUGUUAUUACAAUUACAUUUUUGGUGUAAAAUAUUGUCGAGUACCGUGGUCAUUGUUUGUUUAUCAACAACAAUUUGUGCGCCUGCGUUUAUUGUGUUUUUUCAUAUAUUUUUAUCUUGUGCAAAUAUUGUGUGUGCAGCAAAAGUGCCGUUACUUCUCGUCCGCUUCGUCAGUGUUGCCAGUGUUGCCCUAUUAAAAUUUGUGUUUUUUUUUGCGUUUUAUUUUGUGUGUUGCGUGUGCGUCUGUUUAAUAUUUCGAGAAAAAACCAAAUUACUCAACAUGGAUCUGGAUACUGAUUCAAAUAUUUGGAAGGAAGCGGAUGACAUGCUUUCUAUUUUCUUAGCUAAUUUGGAUAUCCAACAAUAUGAAAGGCAAAUAAGCAAUAAAUAAAGCAAAAGCCUAGCAAAAAGUGUGUGUACAAACAGUGAGAGGGAGAGACAACAAAGCAAAAAAAAAAACA